AUGGCCUCCCUCUUCAGAGCUUACAACUCCUUCUUAACGCGCCGGCCUAUCUUGGGUUCGAGUUUAUCCUCGGCCGUCCUCUUUGGCGCGGGAGACGUCGUUGCUCAGCAGGCCGUGGAAGGCAAGGGCAAGGACCAUGACUUCGCCCGUACUGGCCGCCUGGCCGCGUACGGAGGUCUCAUCUUCGGGCCACCCGUCUCGGCUUGGUUCGGUGUACUCAGCCGCUUGCAGUUCUCUUCGCCAGCCAAGGGUGUCAUCUACAGGACUUUCCUAGACCAAUCAUUGAUGGCGCCACUCGCUGUGGGGACAUUCUUCACGGUCAUGCCUCUGAUGGAGGGUCUAGGCUUUGAUGAAUCGAAGAAGAGGCUGAACACGAACUACGCGCCAACGCUCCUGCGUAACUGGAUGGUCUUUGUACCUGCCCAGCUCGUCAACUUCAAUUUUGUACCGCCUCAAUUGCGCUUCGUUUUCAUCGGUGUCAUCUCACUGUUCUGGAACACGUACCUUUCUGCCGUUAACGCUGCGGGUGACGGUGGCAAGAAGCCCUUGACCAUGGAGGAGGUGGUCGAAGCCGCGCAUGAAAAGACGAAGUAA